AUGAGAGCUGCAAGAUACUACGGAAAAGAGGACAUUCGCAUCGAGCAAGUGCCUGAACCCCCUUGCGGACCCAACCAGAUCAAGAUUGCUCCAGCAUUUGUCGGAAUUUGCGGAACUGAUCUCCACGAAUACCUCGGCGGCCCCAAUUUCUGCCCCGCCUCCAGGCACCCUGUGACAGGCGAAACCAUCCCCGUCACACUGGGCCAUGAGUUCUCCGGUGUCAUCAAGGAGAUUGGCUCCGAGGUCAAAGCGGAGGGCAACAUCAAAAUCGGCCAGCCAUGUGCAGUGCAGCCGACCGUCUACUGCGGCAAGUGCGCUGCCUGCACGAGUGGCGCCGAAAACGUAUGCCAUACGGGCGGCUUCAUCGGCCUUAGUGGCGGAGGCGGCGGACUGAGCGAGGCGGUGUCGGUACCUGCUGAUCAAGUCUUUCCCCUGCCCGACGGCGUGCCCCUCGAGCUGGGCGCCCUGGUGGAGCCGCUUUCUAUUUCUUGGCAUGCCGUGUCUGCCGUGAAUAUUACGCCUGAUUCCACGGUGCUGAUCAUGGGCGGAGGACCGAUCGGCCUUGCUGCGGUCCUGUGCUUGGUCAGUAAGGGGGUAAAAAAGAUUAUAGUUGCAGAGAUUGCGACUGCUCGUCAACGAUUCGCAAAAGAAUUCGGCGCAACGGACAUUAUCAACCCGAAAGAGCAAGAUGUUGUGAAGGAGACGUUUGCCAUCACGAAUGGCGUUGGUGCCGAUUACGUAUUUGAUUGCGCCGGAGUACCUGCUAGUGUUAAAGCAGCAUGCCAAUCAGUCAAGACCCGAGGGACUGUGGUCAAUGUCGCUAUUUGGGAAAAGGAGAUUCCGUUUAACCCUAACUGGAUCACAUGGAAGGAAAGCUCGUACAAGUCCGUGCUAGGCUACCAAAAGGCUGAUUAUCAGGCUGUGAUUGAAAAUUUGAGAACUGGUGCUUUAAGGCCAGCGGCUAUGAUUACCAGAAAAAUCCCACUUGAGGACUUGCUAGAGAAAGGAAUAACUGCGCUUAUCACAGACAAGGACAACCAGGUCAAGGUUCUGGUUGAUCUCAAUGCGGCGGCAUAG